AAGAACUCAAGCCAACUGGAUGUUUGGUCCUAUUUACUUCCAAAGGUUUUGCUAAACAUCUGCAAACAGCUUCCUUCGCAUUGUCUGGCACACAAUGCAACAUUUAUUUCCUCUUUUAGCACUGUCUCCGUCCCGAAAUCGAUUGCCCGUAGAUCAUCAUGGGCCCAUGUGUAGCAUGCAAUCCGAAUUUUCCUAAAAAGGCUAAUUUGCUCGAAGACGGUCGACACUCGAUUCUUGAUUUCCUGACACUCCGUCGUCAAAGCACCCAGCACCCGGAUACUUAAGCAACGCGAUGUCCCUCGAGAUGUCUUACACCACGCUUAACGUUAACACCCACUUCUCCCUCUUCGCCUCCCCGCCUGCACCCUCAAACGUAUUUGCUGUCUUUGCUCCAACACAGUCCCCACGUGAGACACAUGCGAUGUACGCAGAGUUCCGCCAGGUGCUUGGCGCUUCCAACGGGCAAAAGAAGCAGGGCAAGAGCGUGCUGAAGAAGAUCUUUGGUACCAAUUAA